AAUUUUAAGUGUUGUGUAACGCCUGCAUAUUGGCCAGAUCUCGCCGUAGCGCAUUUGCAUUUAAAUUGUAAAUUAAUUGCUAGUAGUGACCACGAUUAAGGUUUUUGGCACAUCUACAAUGCCCGCUGAGGAUGUGCCACUAAGAGGCACGGCCAACAUGCCAUCGGCCGUGCAAUUUGACGCCAACAAGGACUUCCAUUCGCGCACGCAUCAGAAGGAGCUAGAUAGCACUUUUCUGGGCAACGACCGCCGUCCGUGGAUAAAGAAGAAAGCCCACAUGGACUCACGCCACGAACGCCAAGUCCUUAAUACCUUGUUGUCCAGCAGCCUGCAGACGGACCAUGCCGGCAGCUGUGUGGACAAACUGAUUUCGGAGGACAUCAGCUACCGGGACCUGGCAUCGCUCACCGACGAGGACUUGAAGCUGUUCGGUUUCACGUCGAACCAGCAACGCAAGGAGCUCUUGGAGUUGUUUGCCACGAUGCCAAAUCAGGAUCCCAGCUACGAGUACAUCUGCAAUGCCCCGGAGGCGAAUGUCUAUAACAACCAGAUACUGGGCAAUGCCGGAAACCACUUCAUGUCUCUGCGUGCCUCUCUGGCCGCCACCAACUACAAGCUGCAGGUGUUGCCGCCAGAGGACGUUGUUGUGGGCGAUAAGCGCUAUGCCAGUCGCUUUGCUUUGGAAACACUCAAGAGCGUGAAGCAAAUCACGGACGAGAUAGCCAACGACCUAAGGAAAAUCGAGACCAAUGUCCAGACUCUUAGGAACGAGAAGGAUAACAAGGCCAAGGAGAACGCAAAGAAGAAAAAGUUCAGCCUUGCAACAAUUGUAUACUUCACUACAUUGGCGGUGGGAUUCUCCUGUGCCUGGUUCUGGUGGUGGAGCAAGUUCCAAGCAGCUCCCCGUUUGGAGAGGAUCUCAGUUCAGACUUAAAAGUAUUAACCAUAACGAAGCAUUUAAUAGUUGCAUUCCCAUUUUCUCAUAGAGCAUAAGCCCAGAGUUGUUCAAAUUUACGUAUUUUUCGGUUAAGCUUCCCGUAUGAAUCUCAAGCUGUAAUGUAGACAUACUGCCCAACAUGAAGAGUCACAAAAAAAGGUAUUAAAACACUGAA